UCUUGCGUUCAUCUAUCAGCUGAUGUCCUGGGGAUUCUAUAUAAAGAGAAGCGCAGGAGAGAGCCUGUACAACUGUGUUAGCAGCUAAGCCUGAUUGCAGCGCCCUCUGCUGAGCAAGUGAGGAACAUACAGGACCAAUGCAGCCUGCAAUGAUGAUGUUCUCGUCCAAAUACUGGGCCAGGAGGGGGAUGUCAUUAGAUUCUGCAAUGUCCCAGGACUUCCUAAAUGCACCCUCGAGAGACAAACUGAAUAUUUUGAGAAUUGAUGAAAAUAAAAGCAGCAAGACUGAAGCAGCUGCAGAAACGGAGAGAACAGCAGUUGUGCUUACAAUGAAAAAUGAAGUUGGUGGAUUGUUGCAAAAUCUAAAAAUUUUCAAGGAAAAGUAUGUGAAUAUAAUUCACAUAGAAUCACGGAAAUCGAAAGGGAACAAGUCUGAGGUGGACAUGUAUGUGGAAUUUGAAUGUACCAAGAAAAAAUGCCAAGAACUCCAACAUCUGCUGAAACUUCAAAGCAACAUCAUAUCCCUGAAUCCAGCUGAGAGGAUCAGGAGGGAAGAUGAAGAGCUGGAAGGAGUGCUGUGGUUUCCUAGGAAGAUAUCUGAACUUGAUAAAUGCUCCAACAGAGUCUUGAUGUAUGGAUCAGAACUGGAUGCUGACCAUCCUGGAUUUAAGGACAAUGUGUACAGACAAAGAAGAAAGUACUUUGUCGAUGUGGCCAUUAACUAUAAAUAUGGCCAACCCAUACCUAGAGUGGAGUACACACCAGAAGAGAUAAAAACAUGGGGCACUGUCUUUAAGGAACUUACCAGUUUAUACCCAACGCACGCCUGCAAAGAGUACUUGAAGAACCUCCCGCUGUUAACCAAAUAUUGUGGGUACAGAGAAGAUAAUGUUCCACAACUUGAGGAUGUCGCUAUAUUUCUCAAAGAAAGAUCUGGCUUCAUGGUGAGACCUGUUGCGGGCUAUUUAUCACCUAGAGACUUUUUAGCAGGAUUAGCCUACCGGGUUUUUCACUGCACGCAGUACAUUAGGCAUGGAUCAGAUCCCCUCUACACACCUGAGCCGGACACAUGCCAUGAAUUGCUGGGCCAUGUUCCUUUGCUUGCUGAUCCCAAAUUUGCCCAGUUUUCACAAGAGAUUGGUCUUGCUUCCUUGGGUGCGUCUGAUGAAGAUGUUCAGAAACUUGCAACUUGUUAUUUCUUUACAAUUGAAUUUGGCCUCUGCAAACAGGAGGGACAACUACGUGUGUAUGGAGCAGGACUGCUGUCUUCUAUUGGGGAAUUAAAGCAUGCCUUGUCUGACAAAGCUAUUGUGAAACCGUUUGAUCCAACGACAACCUGCUUACAAGAAUGUAUUAUCACCGACUUUCAGGAUUCCUACUUUGUGUCAGAAAGCUUUGAUGAAGCCAAGGAAAAAAUGAGGGAAUUUGCCAAAUCAAUCAACAGACCUUUUUCAGUCUACUUCAAUCCUUAUACUCAAAGCAUUGAAAUCCUAAACAACACCCGGAGUAUUGAAAAUGUCGUUCAAGAUUUAAGGAGUGAUCUAAACACAGUGUGUGAUGCUUUAUCCAAAAUGAAUAAAUAUUUGGGAAUAUAAAUGAAAACCAAAACCUCCCACUACACUUUUGUGUAAAAGGAAUGCUAAUGCAAAUAUUCAGGAAGGACAAAUUCACAAAUACAUUGUAAGGCUUCGAUAAGCAUAACAUUUCUGCAUGUGUUGAUUAAUUGAGAGAUGAAGGAAUUGAAUUGAUUUUUGCAUCCAGAAUUUUCCAACACGUAACACAUCUAUCACAUUCAAGCCUUUUUAUGCAGGAUGAUUCUAACAUUAUAGAGAAGAGGUUUUUAGAUGUUACAUUCAAGCCCACGCCCCAGCUUUCAUCGAAUUAGGAUAUAUCAUAUAAUUUGUUUACAGUCAUAUAAAAUGUUGUCUUAAAUGUCACAAAGCAACAGUUCAAGGAAUAUUAGAGAAGGCAAAAAUGCCACCACUAGUGAAAAAUUCACGAAUUUACUGCUAAAAAUUUGCAAAAUGGUAGUUGAAAUUGUUUUGAUGCAUGUCAAUUUUGCAUAACAAUUUCUAUACGCGCCUAUGUUGUCCAAAUGCAUUAAUGUCAAUGGGCGUUCGAAUCAUUUUGACCCACGUAAUUUUUUAUACGCACAACAUUUCUGACAUGCGCCCAAAUUUUUUUGACGUGGCAGAUUUUUUCGCCAGCUGAUUUUCACAGCAGUUUCGCAAAUUUAUUUGCUGGCGGCAAAAUGCAGAAAUCAGAAACCACCACUAAUACUUCAUUUAACAGCUUUUAUGCCUGGCCCUUACAAGGACAGACCUUCAGUUUCGGUACUUCUUUCAUACAUUUUUUUUGGAGAGGCUGGAGACGUCUGAAGCUGCAUGUGAUUAAAGACAAAUUGCCAUUAAUUGCAAAAGAAAACUCAAGAAAAAUAUAAGUACAUACAGUAUAACAUUACAUUCCAGCUUGAAAAUGCAUGUAUGUAUAUGUGAUGAUGUUGCAGCUGUCCUUUGAAGAAGCCAUAUUUUAGUAUUAGUAUUCUUAUAAGAUCCAUGACAAAUUAUAUCAGAACUUAUAUCAGAACUUAUAUCAGAAUUUAUAUCAGAACUUAUAUCAGAACUUAUAUCAGAACUUAUAUCAGAACUUAUAUCAGAACUUAUAUCAGAACUUAUAUCAGAACUUAUAUCAGAACUUAUAUCAGAACUAUAUCUGCUGUGGCCAAAGCAGUAUUAAUCAAUCAGUGUUAGUGUCUCAUCCAUGCUAGUAUCUAAUAAAAUAAAAACAAAUAGGAUACUCACAAGCAGUUCUUCUAAACAUUUUUCUCAGUUAACAGUGAAGUCUUACUUAUGUUUGUUACCUUCUGGAGAAUAUUUUUUAAACAAAAUAGAAUUUAUGUUGUUAGUAACUCUAGCUGCUGCACUUGUAUGCAAAUCCAUCUUUCUUCAUCAGCCUAGGAGAGAAACCAACUCGAAAAGCUAUUUACAUAAGAAUGUUUAACUAUAAUUCUAUCGACAAGCAAAUCAGCAGCGACAUUUCGCUUUCAUACUACUGGCGAGGGAAGCAAAACAAAUGUUUUAAAAGUUGAACAAAACAAAAACAUAAAACUCCACAAAAAGCAAACACAAUUGGGUUACAGUAGUGGUUUAAAAAGCCAGGCAGUAUGUUUUUUAUUUAUUUAUUAUCUUGCUAGUGCAAAAUGUUCUAAGCCUUUGUUAAAGUAGAUCUCACCCACGGGGACGGCAACACAUUAAGAAGCUGGUUGCCGUUCAAGACGUGACUGGUAAAAAUACUUGAUUAAAUGGUACAGAAAGUCCAAGUUGCAUUAAUAAAUAAAUUAUAACUUCGAGGCACUCCAGGGUUGCGUCUUUGAGGGUAUUGUAACAGCUGCAUUUCUCGUUCCUUAAUUUACUUUCUCUAAAGCCAAAGAAAAUGUAUUUCCAAAAAGGUGUAUUGUGUACAAUAUAGCCUCAUAAAUAUUUUUCUGUAUUAAUUAAAGUCAGUGUGUUUUGCUA